UCGCUCUCUCUCGCUCUCUCUCGCUCUCUCUCUCGCUCUCUCUCGCUCUCUCUCUCGCUCUCUCUCUCGCUCUCUCUCGCUCUCUCUCGCUCUCUCUCUCGCUCUCUCUCUCGCUCUCUCUCGCUCUCUCUCGCUCUCUCUCGCUCUCUCUCGCUCUCUCUCGCUCUCUCUCGCUCUCUCUCGCUCUCUCGCUCUGUGUGUGUGUGUGUGUGUGUGUGUGUGUGUGUGUGUGCGUGCGCGCGCGCCCUGGGCUCUCCUGACGUAUUGUGCGUCAUCCCCACCGUUGCCGUUUUGUUAUUUUUCUCCGUGGAGGAAACAUGGCAACUCCCGCCGCGGUCAAUCCGUCCGAGAUGGGCAGUGAGUUGCCGGGUACAGUAGUGAUGCCGGGGGCAGUGGGAUCUGGCCCGCUAAGGAUGGGAGGAUCGGUGCCAGGCCGUGGUGGCAAGAGAAGAUCAGGCGGAAUGGACUUUGAUGACGAGGACGGAGAGGGACCUAGCAAAUUUUCAAGGUAUGAUGAUGAUCAGAUACCUGGUGAGGAUAAGGAAAAAUAUGCCAGAGAGAACCACAGUGAAAUUGAGCGGCGCAGACGCAAUAAAAUGACACAGUACAUCACCGAGCUGUCAGACAUGGUCCCUACCUGCAGUGCUCUGGCCCGUAAACCUGACAAACUGACCAUUUUGCGCAUGGCAGUCUCUCAUAUGAAAUCAAUGCGAGGCACUGGGAACACAUCCACUGAUGGAGCCUAUAAGCCCUCGUUUCUUACUGAACAGGAACUGAAGCAUCUGAUUUUGGAAGCAGCGGAUGGCUUUCUGUUUGUGGUGGCGGCGGAGACGGGACGCGUGAUCUAUGUCUCUGAUUCUGUAACACCAGUGUUGAACCACCCCCAGUCUGAGUGGUUUGGCAGCACUCUUUAUGAACAGGUCCACCCAGAUGAUGUUGACAAGCUGAGAGAACAGCUCAGUACCUCAGAAAACUCCAUGACAGGACGGAUUCUUGACCUGAAGACAGGAACAGUUAAAAAGGAAGGGCAACAGUCUUCCAUGAGAAUGUGUAUGGGCUCCAGGCGCUCCUUCAUCUGCCGUAUGAGGUGUGGCAGUGCUCCCCUGGAUCACAUUUCACUAAAUCGUCUGUCUAAUAUGAGGAAGCGAUACAGGAAUGGCCUCGGACCUUCAAAAGAAGGAGAAGCUCAGUACUCUGUGGUUCAUUGCACUGGCUAUAUCAAAGCUUGGCCCCCUGCAGGUAUGACUGUACCAGAUGAGGACACAGAGGCAGGCCAGACCGGGAAAUAUUGCCUCGUGGCCAUUGGAAGACUACAGGUAACCAGCUCACCUGUCUCUAUGGAUAUGAAUGGUCUGUCAGUGCCCACAGAGUUUUUGUCCCGCCACAAUUCAGAUGGGGUCAUCACCUUUGUUGACCCGCGCUGCAUCAAUGUUAUUGGUUAUCAGCCUCAGGACCUGCUGGGGAAAGACAUUCUAGAGUUUUGUCAUCCUGAGGACCAGAGUCACCUGAGAGAAAGUUUUCAACAGGUAGUGAAGCUAAAGGGUCAGGUACUAUCUGUGAUGUACCGUUUCCGCAUGAAAAGCAGAGAGUGGAUGUUGAUCCGAACCAGCAGCUUCACCUUCCAGAACCCCUACUCUGAUGAGAUUGAAUACAUCAUCUGUACCAAUACCAAUGUUAAGCAACUUCAGCAACAACAGGCAGAGUUGGAAGUUCACCAGAGGGACGGUCUUACGGCUUACGAUCUUUCCCAGGUUCCUGAAGCCAGUGUGAGCAGUGGAGUGCAUGAGGCUGGGAAGAGCAUUGACAAGCCAGAAGCUCUUUUUUCCCAGGAGAGAGAUUCCCGCUUUGCUGAGAUGUACAACAGCAUCUCUGGAUCGGGUGAUAAGAAGAUGAUGGUUCCCUCCUCUACAGCGGGAGGACAGCAGCUUUACUCUCAGAGUUCUCCGUUCCAGCAGGGCCACGCUGGAAAAAGUUUCAGUUCCUCUGUGAUCCAUGUCCCAGGUGUUAAUGACAUCCAGCCAUCAAGUUCAUCCAAUCAGAAUCUAGCUCAGAUAUCAAGACAGAUCAACCCAGGCCAAGUUGCUUGGUCAGGAAACCGACCCCCCUUCUCUGGCCAGUCCAGUAAAGCCCAGUCCAGUCCUUUUGGUAUUGGUACGGGCCACAGCUACCAGACCGAUCCGGCCUCCUACAGUCCUCUUUCAUCCCCAGCCACAUCAUCCCCCAGCGGCAAUGCCUACUCGGGACUGACAAACCGCAGCACAGGUUUUGACGUGUCAGGAGAGAGCAACCAGAGCGGAGGUCAGUUUCAGGGUAGACCCAGUGAAGUCUGGUCCCAGUGGCAGAACCAGCAUCACUCCCAGCAGGCUGGGGAGCAGCAUACACAUCCCAACGCGAGCCAGACUGAAGUGUUUCAGGACAUGUUACCCAUGGCUGGAGAUCCUACUCAGGGAACAGCCAACUACAACAUUGAGGACUUUGCUGACCUCGGCAUGUUCCCACCAUUCUCCGAGUAACCCCUGCCAUUUCCUGUCACUCUUCCUUUACACUGGAGGAACUGGACUGGUUUGGUUUGCAUUCAUCUCUCAUGUUGUGUCUCAAUAGGAAACAUAGCUGGGACACCAGCUCACAAUUGAUGUGCAGCACAUUGAAUGUCAGGGUGCACACAUCAAGCACACAUACAAACAUACAGUCCACACACGUUUGGAUCCGACGGUCUGCAGUAUGUAUUUGUGAAUAUACCUCAUCGAUGAAAGACGGGUCCUAUUGCCAAAUGGACCCAUGUCAAUGUAUCUUUGUUUGUGCCAGAAAUGGAAACUGUCUCAAUGAUGAAUGCAAAAGAUGUUUGCUAAGACAAGAGAUAGAAAGCAUCGGUAUUACCAGAGGAGUUCAACCGGUUGAUCUUUGAACAUCUGAAUUAUUUUAUGGUACAUUUUAGUCCACAGAUGCAUGUGAAAACCAUGUAUAGUAAAAUUGGUUGUUACACUCCCAGAAUGUCUGGCCCGUAUGUGCUGGUGGACCCAAAGCUGCAUUCUCUGCUGAGGAUUAGGUUUAAUAAUAGUAGUUUAAUUGCCUUGUUUAUGCAUUUUCAGUUUGUCAGAUGCAAAACAGGCACAGCAUUCUGAGUGUGGCAUAGCGAGGUGUAAGAUGCGUAUUGGGCAAAUUAUACAUAUAUUUUUAGAUCCACAAUAGGUCAAAUAAGGCAUAGGAUUAGUUGUAGAACAAAUGUAGCUCUUACCCACUAACGCAAAGGUCUCAUAGCACUGGCUAUGGCAGGGGUGGGCAAUUCCGGUCCUCGAGGGCCGGUGUCAUGCAUGUUUUCUAUGUCACCCUGUUGCAACACACCUGAUUGAAAUAGUCAGAUAAUUGGCAAGGUCUGCAGAAGCUGGAUGACAAUCCUGAUCAUUUGAAUCAGGUGUGUUGCAGCAGGGAGACCUAUAAAACAUGCAGGACAAGGACCGGAAUUGCCCACCCCUGGGCUAUGGUGAUUGUAUUUUAUCACAACUGUAACUCCUGGUGGAUAAUGUACCUACAGUGAAUAUAAAAAGUCUACACACGGCUUGUUCAAAUACUAGCAUUUGGGAAAUAAAAAAGAUAAAGACUAACAUAAAUAAUUUUCAAACCUUUACCAAACCAUUAAUGUGACCUAUAACCUGUACAACUCAAUCACAAGUAUUUUCCAGAGGGGAAGUAAAAAUAGAUAAUGUGGUCGCACGAGUGUGGACUCUCUCUACAGUGCCGACAGUGCUAAUACCUAGGGGUUUGGUGAGUCGGUCUCAGAGUCUGCAGAGCCUCUUCUGCAGAGGUCCAAACACACCUGAUUGAUCAUGUAAAUUCGUGAUGACCCAUGUCUGAACUGGUCUCGCAAAGGCAACAGCAGAGGUUAUGCUGAUUUGCAGGUGUGUAAUUUGUUUUGAGUUCAUGCAUUGUGUUGGUUUUGUUCUUUGAACAAGGCGCUGUUCAUGUACAGCUCAUUUUGAGCGGCAGUAAAAACAUUGAUGUCUUGAAUUUGAAAGAAAUAAUUUCAUUUUUCACCAAAGAGGGGUUCGGUGAAUGCGUAAAUGAAACUGGUGGGGUUCGAUACCUCCAACAAGGUUAAGAACCACUGCUCUAAUAACUAUGUGACUGCUUCACAAUUAAGCAAUCACAUUUAUAGUAAAUUUAUAGGAUACGCGGUUAAGAGAAUAAAUGGAUUGAUGGAUUUAAAUUUACUGUUUAAAGGUGUUUAUCUUGUUUUUUUGCUUAGUUUUACUAUGCUGUCUGUUGCAGAGUUAGGAUUGCAAAUCUGUUUAAUUGCCUUACCUCGAUAAAUUAGUUUUUAAAUAAAUAAAUGUUCAAUCGGUCAGGAGAAGGCUUUCCAACAGUGGGACAGAGUAAACAGUCAUCAAUUAGAGAAAAUAUGGCACAGCUGUGACAUUUACAAAAAACAGACAGCCCUUGUUUCCAUUAUUAUAUUUCCAUUAUUAUUCCAUUAUAGGAAAUCUCCCAAACACGUGGAAAAAUACAUUAUGGUUUAAUGAAACCAGGGUUGAACUUUUGUCCCGUAAUUUCAAAAGCUAUUAUUUGGCAAAAACAGAACACUGCUCAUCACCAAAAGAAUACCAUACUCCAGUGAAAAUUGGUGACUGGGAGCUUAAUGAUGGAACAUGAGGCUGUUUUUCUUCAGCUGGAACGAUGGCCUUAGCCAAGAUGGAGACAAUUAUGAAUAGUUCCAAAAACCAGUCGGUGUUAGCAAAAACCUUCAGGCUUCUUCCAGAAAGGCAAAAGAAUGUCAGGAAAAACAGACUGCAACAGCUGAUCCUUAUUUGAAUAAUCAGAGGCACUUUAAAUGGUGGCAGGUGUGUGCCGACUCUCAUGUAACAUGAGUUUGAAUGUGAUUGGUAAAUUCUGAAUACAGCCAAAUUUCCAGUUACAAGAGCACACUUGUGUAACAUUAUCUCAGUUGUUAAUUUUUAAAUUCCUGUUUUUAUCUUCCUUUUUUUUUUUUAUUCAAUCAACUUGCACAGGUUAUCGGCAACAUUACCAGUGGAAAUCGGGGGUGGGGGGUUCUCUCAUUUUUAUAUCACAAAAAAAUAGUAUUCGAGCAGAGGUGUGUAGACCUUUUUAUAUCCACUGUGCUUUUGGGUCAGCAAUGCCAAAGGCGAGAUAGGAAUCAUGUUUAUAAGAAUUUGUUAAAAUAAUUUUGAAAUUAUGUUUUUUCUCUACAAUCUCUAUACCAGGGGUGGCCAACCAGUCAGAGACUAAGAGCCAGAUUUUUUACUGUUACCGCAAAAAGCCACAUCAUACACAUGAGCACACAUGAACAUCACCGCAACCCUUCCUCUUACACACACACACGCACACACACACACACCUCUGCUCAGCCAAAUUUAUUGUGUGACAUUAUCAUGUCAAGCACCAACAUGAUACUGACAGACAUUGACUCCUACAGUACUAAGACCACAGACCAAAGACCACAUUUUUAACAAUGAACAUUGUGUGCACUGUCUCACACACACAAACUCCACAAACAAAAUCAUAAUAUUUUACAAUAGCAUUUUUUAACUUACAUGUUGCUUAAAGUUAAAGUCCCAAUGAUCAACAGACACACAUCUGGGUGUGGUGAAAUUUGUCCUCUGCAUUUACCCAUCCCCGUGUGAUUUUGAUCGAUCCCCUGGGAGAGAGGGGCGCACUGAGCAGCAGCGGUGCCAUGCUCGGGAAUCAUUUGGUGACCUAACCCCCUAAUUCCAACCCUUAAUGCUGAGUGCCAAGUAGGGAGGCAAUGUGUCCCAUUUUUAUAGUCUUUGGUAUGACCGGCCAGGGUUUGAACCCACAACCUUCCAGUCUCAGGGUGGACACUCUACCACUAGGCCACUGAGCUGGUUGGCCACUGAGCUGGUUCUUAGUGUGACUUCUGGCAUUCCUUGCCUUGAACAAUCCUCUUCAAAUCUGGCUUGUAUUCCAUUGUUGCCACUCGAAGCAAUUCUUUCACAUGGGUGUCAGUAAGAACAGAUCGAUGCCUUGAUUUCAGGUGCUUCUGGGUAGAAAACAUAGACUCGCAGAUGUAUGUUGACCCAAGCAUUGACAGUAUCUUCAGCGCAGCCCGUUUGACAUUGGGGUAUUUUCCCAUUGGCACACUUUUCCAGAACUCAAUGGUCCCUUCUCUUAAAACAGGUUUCAGUUAGUCUUCUUCACAAAAAUCGAUCAUCUCCAACUCAGCCGCAGCCUCAUCUGUGACAAGCGGGGCUUUCAAACAGUCCGUCUCCGCAUUAAAUGGGUCGACGAGGAACGUAAUCUGUGGCUUUUUCAGUUGUAGAUCACAGAACGGGAUGACAAAGCUUUCGAGCAGGUUUUCAACCAGUGUUGCAUAUCUGGCUCUUUGCUUAUUCAGGGCGGCGUUGGUGACCUGCCUGCUGGCUUUUAGCAGAGUAGCAAAAUGUGUCAAAUUUCCCUUUUGAAUAUGUACCUUGAACAGCUUCAAUUUGUUGACAAACGCAAACACACUUUGCACCAGGUCAGGCAGCAUUUUUAACUUACCCUGCAGGGUCAGGUUCAGUCUGUCCAAGUGAGGCAGCAUGUCGACCAAAAAGGCCAGAUCCAUAAUCCACUCGACGUCCAAGAGCUCGGAUAGUCCUUGUCCUUCUCUUCCAUGAACAGUUUCACGGCAUCCAAGAGCUCAAAGAAGCGAGGUAGCACCUUGCCUUUUGACAGCCACCUCACAGUGCAGUGCACCGGCAGGUCACCUGGAACUUCUUGGUCCAUCUCAGCGAUAAGAUUUUUGAAUUGCCUGUGGUUAAGCGUAUGUGUGCGGAUGUAGUUGAGGAUUUCCAUCACAGGCUUCAUGACGUUGUUUAAAUCAACGAUUUAGACACGAGUUGCUCCCUGUGGAUGAUUCAGUGGAAAUUCCAAAACUCGGGAAAUGUUUGGUCAGCUUUGCGCAGCCCCACAAGUCCGUUCACAGAUCCGAUCAUGGCUGGCGCUCCAUCCGUGGCUAUUGCAGUUAGCUUCGGUAUGGGCGGUAUGCUUUCGCAAAUGCAGCCAUCAUUAUUUCUUUCACAUCUAUGCCACGGGUUCUGUCUUUAAAUGGCACAACAUCAAGGAGUUAUUCUUUGAUCACGCAAUCUUUUGACAUUGACCGUGCCAGCUGAGGCUUGUCUUGUAUGUCACAACUCUCAUCCAAUGCGACACUAAAAUACUCACAUGCUUGAGGGUCAGAGUGCAACUGUAAUUCAAUAGCCAUGUUAAUGUCCGAUUUUAUGUGUUCAAUAGUGUGGCGGGACAGUUCGAUGUCGGACACCAUUCGUUUUAGUUUGUCGUUUUCAGGAGACAAGAUUUCAACAACGUCACUGAGGCAUUUUUUUAUGAACCCUAACUUCAUUGUACGGCUUUUUAGCCCAUGUAAUGUUCCAAGCCAGUUGAUAUGAUGCGAGCGUGACAGUCUCUGAGUGCUUCGUAAUUUUUGGGGAAAAACUGUACCUGUUUUUCUGCCUGACUUUUCAAAGUGUCCAACUUGCGCUUGCGAAAUUCAGUCCCUUUUGGAAAGUCCUUAUCGAUAUUAGCAUGAAGUGAGCUGAAGUAGUGCUUAAGAUUUAAAGCUCUGAAAUGCGCUAAUGACGUCUGACAUAUCAGGCAGAAUGGCUUGCCAUUCCGUUCAACAAUAAAAUAUAAACUUUACCACUCUGUUAAAAACGUCAUGUGUUCAUCUUCAUAUUUUUGUUUAGCUGUGCAUUUUUUCCCUGCCAUUUUGAGAGCGAAAUUAACACUAAAUCUUUCCUCGAAUGGGUUUGCCCCUCCGCCUUUGCGGGAUUUCACCUCAUGCGCAUGUGCCUUUGACUAAAAUACCAUAUUGAACUCAAGCGAAGCGAACAUGCACAAAAUAAAUAAAUAAAUAAAUAACCCACAAACACAAAUGUUGAUAUGAACGUAAAAGAGCCUCAUGAAACCAGGCAAAGAGCCGCAUGCGGCUCGUGAGCCAUGGGUUGGCCACCCCUGCUCUGUACAAUGUGGAUAUAGAACUCUCAAAAUCUGAGCUUUUUUGACUGCAGGACUUUAAUGUUUAAUGUUGGCAUCAGGUUAAGCGUCCAGGAAAAUAGGAACAUGUAAAAUAGAAAAUAAUCAUUCUCCUCUGGUAAUUGCGAUGACAUGUAGUAUUAUCAAUGGAAACACCACAUGAAGAACUGGAAGUGAGCAGUUGAAGAUUUACACCUCCAUCUGCCUCAUGGAGCCCCUGGCACACUAUCACUGACUAUUAGCAGACAGCAGCAGGAUAAAAGCUGCUCAUCCUCAUCACCUCAUCAACCUUACUUUGUAAAAUUCAGCAAUGUGUAGUGUUGUUCAUAACUUUGGUUAAAAAAAAUAAAGGUUAUAGAAAGAUUCUGUGCAUAAAUUAAACAGAUUUAAGAGGGAAAUGUAAUGGCAGGCAGUUGCUCAGCUAAAAAAGUGCACUUCAUAACUGCUAAUCUCACUAGCCUGCUUUAAAAGGGAAAACCGCAAUACUGUCCAAGCAAUUGCAGUGUUUCGUAGUGCAUUUGGUGUUCUUCAUCAUUCACUGCUUGACUUACUUUAUGCUAAUUUUGGAGUACUAAGACUUAGUAAUAAUACUUUGUAGGGUGAGAGCUUUUACAUGAUGGAUUGUAUGAUGUCUCAGACAGAUGAGAGAACACACACACGCACACACACGCGCACACAUCAGUCUUUAUGCUUCGCUUUCAAGUCAACAUCUUUUGUAAAUAAUUAUUUUUAUGUCCGUUGGUGUUAUUUACACACUGUUACCUGUUUUGUGUGUUUAAUGUGCAUUCUUAAUAAUACUAUCUGCAAUGUGAGUACAUAUUUAACUAUUGAUAUUUAGUUAGUCUGUUAAAUGUACAUUGAGUUGUGGACCUGUAUAAAUUGUGUAAAUGUGUCCUAUUAUUUUUGUGUAACACUUGUGAAUUGUGACAAUAAAUUCUUACUGGUUAGGUGUGUUCACUUCA